CCGUGAGGAGGAGGUGGAGGAGGAGGCGGCUCGGGGAGAGCGAGCAGCGAGCUGGAGCGCGGAGCGUGAGUGAGAGAGCCGAGCCGCCUGCCCGCCCGCCCGCCGCCGCCGCCUCCCCUCCGUAAGCAGGAGCCCGGGCCGGGGCCCGGCACGCCGCCCCAGCCCCUCCCUCGUCGUCAGGCCGCGAGGGCAGCGCGCGCGAGCCAGGGGGAGGGAGAGCGAGCGAGCGCCCGGAGGAGGCGGCCGGACCGAGCGAGCGCCCGCGCGUGUGGCGUGAGGGGAAGCCGCUGCCCGCCCCCUUCGCCUUCCCUUCUCUCCCCCUCCCCGUUCCCCCCCCGACCGCGGAGCAGCACCAUGUCGGCGCCGGCGGCCAAAGUCAGUAAAAAGGAGCUCAACUCCAACCACGACGGGGCCGACGAGACCUCAGAAAAAGAACAGCAAGAAGCAAUUGAACAUAUUGAUGAAGUACAAAAUGAAAUAGACAGACUUAAUGAACAAGCCAGUGAGGAGAUUUUGAAAGUAGAACAGAAAUAUAACAAACUCCGCCAACCAUUUUUUCAGAAGAGGUCGGAAUUGAUCGCCAAAAUCCCAAACUUUUGGGUAACAACAUUUGUUAACCACCCACAAGUGUCUGCACUGCUUGGGGAGGAGGAUGAAGAGGCGCUGCAUUAUUUGACAAGAGUUGAAGUGACAGAAUUUGAAGAUAUUAAAUCAGGUUACAGAAUAGAUUUUUAUUUUGAUGAAAACCCUUACUUCGAAAAUAAAGUUCUCUCCAAAGAAUUUCAUCUGAAUGAGAGUGGUGAUCCGUCUUCAAAGUCCACUGAAAUCAAAUGGAAAUCCGGAAAGGAUUUGACAAAACGUUCAAGUCAAACGCAGAAUAAAGCCAGCAGGAAGAGACAGCAUGAGGAACCAGAGAGCUUCUUCACCUGGUUUACUGAUCAUUCUGAUGCAGGUGCAGAUGAGUUAGGAGAGGUCAUCAAAGAUGAUAUUUGGCCAAAUCCAUUACAGUACUACUUGGUUCCUGACAUGGAUGAUGAGGAAGGGGAAGGAGAAGAAGAUGAUGAUGAUGAUGAAGAGGAAGAAGGAUUGGAAGAUAUUGAUGAAGAAGGGGAUGAGGAUGAAGGAAGAUGAAGGAGAAGAUGACUAAUGGAACACUGAUGGAUUCCAACCUUUUUUUAAAUUUUCUCCAGUCCCUGGGAGCAAGUUGCAGUCGUCCUUUUUUUUUUCCCCCCUCUUGUGCUCAGUCGCCCUGUUUUUGAGGUCUCUUUUCUCCUUUUUACCAUGGUUCUCAAUUUAUUUUGGAGGGAAAUACCUUGGGCAGAAUUCAGUGGGAAAAGAAUCUCUACCCCUUUCUGUUCCAAAUUCAUUUUUAUCCCUUCCUGUCUCAACAAAAACUUUAUGGAAUCAACACCACCAUGCUCUGUGGGAAAAAAGAAAAACCUUCUGCUCCCUUAGCUCUGCUGGAAGCUGGAGGGUGCUAGGCCCCUGUGUAGUAGUGCAUAGAAUUCUAGCUUUUUUCCUCCUUUCUCUGUAUAUCGGGCUCAGAGAUUACACUGUGUCUCUAUGUGAAUAUGGACAGUUAGCAUUUACCAACAUGUAUCUGUCUACUUUUUCUUGUUUAAAAAAAGAAAAAAAAAACUUAAAAAAAUGGGGUUAUAGAAGGUCAGCAAAGGGUGGGUUUGAGAUGUUUGGGUGGGUUAAGUGGGCAUUUUGACAACAUGGCUUCUCCUUUGGCAUGUUUAAUUGUGAUGUUUAACGGACAUCCUUGCAGUUUAAGAUGACACUUUUAAAAUAAAAUUCUCUCCUAAUGAUGACUUGAGCCCUGCCACUCGAUGGGAGAAUCAGCAGAACCUGUAGGAUCUUAUUUGCAAUUGACAUUCUCUAUUGUAAUUUUGUUCUUGUUUAUUUUUAAAUUUUUCUUUUUGUUUCACUGGAAAGGAAAGAUGAUGCUCAGUUUUAAACGUUAAAAGUGUACAAGUUGCUUUGUUACAAUAAAACUAAAUGUGUACACAAAGGAUUUGAUGCUUUUCUCUCAGAACAGCUAUACUUAAUAUGACUUUCCAAGUUUGACGUCUAUAACGUUACAGUCAAACUUGAUCACCCUAACUUCGUAUUUUUUGAUACGCACUUUGCAGGAUGACCUCAGGGCUAUGUUGAUUGAGUAAAGGGAUUUGAAUCAAUGUAUUAAUAUCUCGAUAAUUUAAGAACUCAUCAUGGGUACAAUUUGCCAUCCGUUUCUGAAAAAUUUUCACAUCAUUCAGGAUACCAGAUUGCUGAAAACUCAGUUCUGAGUAUGUUGUACCCUUGGUUUGUAUCUCAAAUUGGCGUUUCAAAAUCAUGGGCUUUUAUUUACCUGGAUCUAAUAAUAGUGCCUGCCACCACCAUCAGACAGACCUGGUGCUCUACUGCCGAGUUAACACAUGGGGCCAUUGUUGGCAUGUCUUCGCUGGCACUGUAAGAUGUGGCUGAGAAGACAGGCUUUCAGAGUAAGAAGUCCGUGUUGGUGGUAAGAAACUCAGGUUAGGAGUACUUUGUCUCUUAAGUACCAGCUCUUUAGCAUAUAGCUCUCAAAUGAGACCUGUCUGUAAAUCUGGGUGAGAUGGACUCUGCUCUGUCUGCUAAAUGCCUUUGUGCAUAAAUAGCAUUUUGAGAAGCUACCUAAUGCAUAAGCUUUUUAAUGCUGUAAAAUGUAGCUAAGAUUAAAUGUCACUUUUUCAGAGAUGAAUUAAUGGACAGCCUGGUCAAAUUCAAAGCUUUUUGAUGUAUAAAACUUUAUAAAUGGAACUAUUCCAUCAGUAGGCAAAGUGUAACAAAAACCUGUCUAGAUGGAUAGUAUGUAAUUUCUGCACAGGUCUCUGUUUAGUAAAUACAUCACUGUAUACUGGUCAGGAAUCUUGCUCCAAUAAAGGAACAUAAAGAUU